AUGGUAAAUGCGAUUGGGCAAAAGAAGCAAUGGAAGGAUCUGUCUGUGAGAGUACUCUCCCUGAAAAUGAUCCCAAAUGCCAUCAAUUCCGUCUCCUUUGCUUCCAAAUGCCUCUUCCGUGUCCUUCUACUAGAGUUUGCAGAGCUGAAGCGAAGCUCUGUUUCAUUCUUUGACAUCGAGAAACCCGAGUCAGCCCUUUCACGCUGGUCAAGGGCAACAAUUAGAGCCGCUCGGGUGGGAAAAGGCAUAUCUAAGGUUGGAAAUGCUAAGGAACUUGCUUCACCACAUUGGCUUGAGGCAAUUGAUCCUCACCAUCGCUAUGGCCAUAAUCUUCAAUUUUAUUAUGCGAAAUGGCUCCACUGUGAGAGUAAACAGCCCUUCUUCUACUGGCUCGACAUAGGAGAAGGAAAAGAGGUCAAUCAUGAGAGAUGUUCUAGAUCGAAGCUUCAGCAGCAAUGCAUCAGAUAUCUUGGUCCGGCAGAAAGGAAGGCUUAUGAAGUUGUGGUUCAAGAUGGGAAACUUAUCUUCAACCAUAGUGGUGAAUUCCUUCAUACAGCAGGAGGACCCGAAAAUGUGAAGUGGAUCUUUGUGCUUAGUACGUUCAAGACCUUGUACGUUGGGCUGAAGAACAAGGGCACAUUUCAACAUUCAAGUUUCUUGGCAGGUGGAGCCAUAUUGUGUGCUGGAAGAUUAGAAGUGGAAGAUGGCAUCGUGAAGGCAGUUUGGCCUCACAGUGGGCAUUAUCAACCGACAGUAGAAAAUUUUCAGGAAUUCUUGUCGUUCCUUAAGGAACGCAACGUAGAUCUCAAUAAUGUAAAGAAAAGCCCAGGUGAUGAAGAAGAAGCAGAUUCAAUAAGGUAA